AUGUCAACUACUAGCCCUCAGCGAAUUACUUUGAUUGGGUUAGGCACCAUCGGCAUGUCAAUGGCUGCCCUGCACCUUGCUCGCGAAAAUACUAUAGUAGAUGUUUUUGACACGCGGCCAGAUUUCGAAAAGUAUCUGAUAGAGACAUUACCCACCUUUUUGGGUCAUCUUCCGUCAUCUAAUAAACCAAAAUCUGGAUCUUCAUCAUCAGAAUCAAUAGUCACAUCUCUUCUGUCCUUAGGACGCUUGCAUGUCCACACUUCACUGGAAAGUGCUUGUGCAUCUGCCACCAUUGUUCAGGAACAGGGACCAGAAAAAGUCACAUUCAAACAGUCGCUCUGGAAGCAAGUGGAAUCAAUAACACCAUCUUCAGCACACCUCUGGACCAGCACGUCCGGUAUUGCGGCAUCGAUCCAGCAAAGCGAAAUGCGGGAUAAGACCCGCUUGCUGGUGGUACAUCCUUUCAAUCCGCCGCAUAUCAUGCCGCUUCUUGAGAUUGUGCCUUCCCCAGAAACUUCGCCGGAGCGGGUAGAGUUCGCACGUGAAUACUUCUCUAUGGCAGGGUCGAAGCAUCGGCCUGUGGUGAUCCAGAAAGAGAUCCCCGGUUUUGUUGGUAACCGACUGGCCUUUGCACUCCUAAGAGAGGCAUGUUAUUUGGUGCAGGAGGAUGUGGUAAAUGCAAAGGAUCUUGACACGAUCCUAUUGGCUAGCCUGGGCCCCAGAUGGGCAGGGAAUGGGGUAUUUGAGAGCUAUCAGCAGGGCGGUGGAGAAGGAGGUAUCCAAGCCUUUCUUGAAAAGCUGGGUUCGACUAUGCAACUGGUAUGGGACGAUCUAGGAAAAGUGAAUGUGCUAGGAGGCAAAGAGACAGAGUGGAAGGACAAGGUGAUCUCUCAGGUGAAUGAAACCUAUAAACCCUUAACUAAAAACCAGAUCUUGGAAAAGGAGGCCAGACUGAAGGAGUUGGUGGAAGUACAGACAAAGAGAUAUACGCAAGGUGCUGAAUUGUAA